UCCUGCACGCACGUGUGCAGAAGCAAACCUCCCUCCUCCUACGUGUGUCUUCCCCUUUCUGUACUUCGCCCUUCCACACUUCUUACUGACAUUUCAGCUGUGGCUGUCAACGGGAACUAGCAACGAGAGCAAACUACACAGUACAGAGAAAAACAACCUCUUGCAUCUGUAGCUAUUGAACUGGCUGUUAAUGAUCUGGUUCAUUUGAGAUUAUGAGGAACUGCAGUGGCUUGGCUGCAUGUCAGCAGCUCUGAAAAGUCUCUUCUGAAGCUUUUUUCUGAUCUUCCUGGACUGAACUCUGCUGAACCUGAAGCAGGUCUGGAAUGCGUCUAACACUCUUCACCCACUGGACAGCUUUCUACAAGAUACAACUUUCUAUCAACAAACAACAGCGGUGGUCACCACAGCACGCUGGAGAGGGCAACAGAAAACUGCUCUGGAAGAAGAAACUGUGGACUGCUUUACCUUUGAAACACCACUUUGGUAUGAGGGAGGUGAUUUUCUUUAACCAGGGGAGUUACAGCUAACUAAAGGAACCAUGAACUCCACUUUUAAACCAGAAACAGGCAACAACGCAACAUGCGUUAACAUUGGAGAGAGUGUUGUCAGUGACUUGCUGAUGUCUGUUUACAUACUGGCCUUUGUUUUUGGUUUGAUCUUCAAUGUACUGACCCUGGGCCCCAUCAUUCAACAAGUGAGGCAAAAAAAUGUCCUGGGAAUCUUCCUGCUCAACCUGUCUAUCUCUGACUUCCUUUUCAUCAUCACUAUGCCCCUUUGGAUAAAUUAUUACCGGUUUAACCACCGCUGGAUGCUAGGUUCUGGGUCCUGCAGUGUAGCUGGCUUUGUCUACUACUCUAAUAUGUAUAUCAGCAUCUACCUGCUUUGCUGUAUCUCUGUAGACCGCUGUCUGGUGGUCAGCUACCCACUCCGCUUCAAGACACACCGAACUUCUUGCUACGCCUGGAUGCAGUGUAUCGUAGUUUAUGUGGUAGUGGUGGUGAUACACAUCAUAAUGCUGGUCUAUGAUAAUCUCACAGACGCCCAUGAUGAGAACAACAAUAAUGACCGUUGUUAUGAGACCUACCCCAUGGAGAAGCCUAUUGCUCUAUUCAACUUGCUCAGAGUAGGCUUGGGCUUCCUGCUACCCCUGCUAGUGCUGGCAGUGAGCUACUGGAGGGUGUUAGCCACUGUGGGCCGAAGUCCCGGCCUGAGCGCCCAGGUUAAGAGGAAGGUCCGUCUUCUCUCCUUUGGAGUAAUUGGGAUCUUCUCAGUUUGCUUUGCUCCAUAUCAUAUUCUUUUGCUCAUACGCUCACUAGUAUUUUAUAAUAACAAUUUUGAUAAGAGUCACAAUGGGAGUUACUGCAAGUUUGAAGAACAAAUGCACUUCUUCUUCUCCUGUACGCUUGCACUGUCCAGUUUGAAUGCUGUGGUGGACCCAGUGCUGUAUGUGUUGGUGAGUAAUGGAGUCUGGGAGCAGAUGAAACUAACCUGGAGAUGCCGCAGACGGACAGAACAAGAAGACUGUGCACUAACUGCUUACAAAGGAGGAAAAGCUGCCACUACUGCCACUACUCAUUUAAUAUGAACAAUAAGCUAUAUGUGAUAGACAUGUGUACAAUUGUAUGUGUGUGAGUGUGUAUUGACAUAUUAUAGGAUUUUGCAUGGCAGCUUUUUCAAGUAAAGUCUUCCUCUCAUGAGUUAAGUAACGGGAUUAUUUCCAUCCCACUUGUGUAUGUUAUUUUGUGUAUGUAUAAAAGGCAAUCUUUUAUACAUACACAUUUGUAUGUUAUAUCGAGCACAGUGUAAGGAGGAAGCUGAAUAAUGUAUGCAUCUCAGUCCUGGUUAAUGUGAUAUUAGUCUCGGGUUCUGCUCUCCCACGAGUUCUUCAGUGUAAGCCACUUCUGGUUUUGUUGUUAGACACUGUUGCCGCAACUGAAGAGCCAUUGUAUUUUUUUUUGUCCAAUCUAUGCAAUCAUAGCGUGACUGAGCAACCCUGAUAUAUUUAAAUAUGCAUUACCUCCAAUGCAUGCCAUACAAAGCCUUUGUUAGCAUAACUUUGUGUGCCCAGUGUCUGACAUAUUUAACAAGAAAUAAAUCAGUAUUAUGUCCAGGUGCUCAGAGUUUUUUUCACGCAGACAGUAUGCAACAAUUAACCCAUACACCCAGUCUCUUAGUCUUCGCCAUUAAACAUAUAGAUAAUUAUAAAUGCAACAUAGCUGUGUGUUUCACAAGUGUCAAGUUGAAAAGGAAGGCAAUAAUGAUGGAUGUAUAUAAGUGUGUGUCAGGGGUGUGAGACAGAAAUGGAGAAAAAGAAUAAUAAAGUGAAAGAAAGACAGCAAAAAGACUGAAAGAGGAAGCGUUUGAAUCAACAUUAUGUCUGUUACUUGGUUCAUAAUUUAUACAGCAGCUUCCUCAUGCGUCAGCAGAGCUUUUUUUUAGUAAACAUCAUUACAAUCUAAGAUGAACAUUGACUGCAUAGUAUAAACCCUGAAUAAAACCAGUUUUGUUUAAAGGUCUAUACUGCUGAUUUCCUGAAUUGUACAAUCAUGUAUAUCCUUCCAUAAGAAGCAAUUUUGGAGGUUUGCUACUCUGGAGAAUUCUGGUAUCUGUUCAUAUGAUGCCAUGAUCUUCCCAUCAAAUUCACCCUACCAUGGAGCUAUGCUCAUAGAAACUACAAAAACCCCAAGAGCAACAUUUCAGACUCUACAGGUCUCAGUUAACCUAUGACAAAUUGGCCAAAAAGGGGAAGGACACAAGUGUUACAAUAGCCCAAUGUCCAGACCUCAAGUCAACUGAAAUGCUGCGACAGGAACACAAAUAGCUGUGCAUAAAAGAAUGGCCGCAAACCUCAAUCAACUUAGUCAAUUUUAUAGAGAAGAGUUCACCAAAAUUCUUCCACAAUAAUGUCAGAGAAUAAUAAAUGAAUACAGAAUGACUCAUUUAGAUAUUGCUGCUUUGGGUCUAGCAAAGUGUUUUGUUUUUUAAAAAUAAAAGGAUAAAGAUAAAGCCAGGCUUUUUUCCUCUGAAGUACAGAAAUGUUCUGGUUUCUAAACCUUACUUUAUUUUUAAACCCUCAGAUACAUCAUGUUUAGAUGCUUGAAAAGCUCUGUUGGCAAAAAAAGAAAGCAUGUAUCUAUUUUUGAAUGGAAGUCACAACUGGUGAUGCUGAAGCUGCCCCAUUAACUGCUUUUCAGAUGGAAAAGAAAGAAAAACCCAUGUUCUUUUCACCACAGUUUUAAAGCUUGCAGCAUUUUGAAGAAGCGUUAGUAAAUGAAUCAGGUUUAAAGAAAUUAAUGUUGCAGUCAAUCACCUUGUGGCAUUAGCUCCAACAUCUUAAAGAUCCAUUUUCUCCAGACUCAGCUUUUAAUGAGCUAACUCAGGUUGUAGCCAGACUCAUAGGAAAAUCAAUGCGACUCCAUUGAUUAGCUGUUAUGACUCAUAGCAUUGUAAUGCAGGCUUGGUCUUAAUGGACUAUACCAACAAGCUAUACUUAGGUCUUAUUUUAAGCAUUUGGAGUCUUUGGACAUAUAUAACGGAGCACUCAAUAGAAUGAAGUUUUUAAUUUCCUUUUACCCUAAUGAGCUGAUUAAUAAUUAAUAUUUCUACUGAAACGCAGCAGACGUCCUGCUAGUUAUGUUUUGUAUUUCACAAGAAAGAAGCUCUCAUAAUGAAACUCUUUUUUUUUUUUUUUUUUACAGUGUACUGUCUUUGUGUUUUUGUUUGAUUUUUUAAAAACUAUUUCUGCUUAUUAAAGAGUGGACCUUAAAGAAAAAAGAACAUAAUUGAAAUAUUUUAGAAAAGGAAGACAGCAAAGUUAUUAAUUGUACAAUAAAGAGUUUGCGAUUUACUUGUGCUGCAUCACAUCCACUGAAGCAUAUUAAAUUGAAUGACACUUAGGAGGGUUUGUCUCAUCAGAGACUUGUUCAUGUAUAUUUGUGUGAAGCCAUUGUCCAUAUCUUAACUGUAACAACAAGGGUCUGAAAAAUUGAAGCACAGCCAGAGAUCAUACAGGAAAUCAGAUAAAAGCCAAGCAUCCAAACUUUUACAUGGAAGCAAAAACAUCUUACAUGAGUAUUAGUCAGAGGAGCAAUUUACACAAGAGAAGAGGCAAAAAUGCCCACAAAGGCUAGUUAUACAUAACAGUGUACAACACCGGCAUCAUUUUAUACACAAGGAACAAGGAAAAGUUUGGAAGUUGAGUGGAAGAAUCUGAAAACACAGCCCUGCCAGAAGCUGUCUGGGCAUACCACUGAAGAUGAUCUUUAAGGGCUCAUUCGAAGAACUUUUUGGUCACACAUUGUAUACACAGCAGAGUGACACUGGUUAAUAAGACACAAUUAACAGAAUAAAAGCAGUUAAAAGAUCCUACAUACAUACAUAUGUUCCCAGUCACACAGGCCUAGAAACGGUGUGUUACUACAGUCGCAAUGGAAAAAUGUGAAUUUCCUGACAAAUGGUUGCUAAUGGUUGUCACUAGAUAAAAUUAAUCGCAAAGAAGUACAGGAUACUGCAACAAAAAAGUCCUUGAAAUUGUUUGGUUUCUAGUGGAUUGCCAUAAAAUCCCUGUAAUUACAUGGAAGAUACGUGAACUUCUCACUGAGCAGUAG